UCUCUCUCCAAAAACAAAAUUCUGUUUUCUGCAACUCUCAAAUUUGGAUCAAAUGUCUCUUGAAUAAGCAAUCGUUGCAGGCGAAGAGUAGGGAAGAAGAAAAAGAUGAACCCAUCAAAUUCCAGUCAGAUGGAGAACAGUUUCCAGAUCAUCAACUCACAACCAAACCCUAAUAAUCAUAAUUCAGACCCGAUCCCUACUGCUACUGCUAACCCUAAUUUCGAUCUACUGCCCUCACUUUCAAUCCCCAGAAAGCGAAAGCGAGGCAGGGUUACUCGGAAGCCUUCUUCUCUCCUCCUCCACAACCAGGUUUUCCCGCCAUUUUCCCUUCUGAAUGUCAAUAACGUUAACGGUAAUAACGAACUCGUUUCUUCUUCUUUAUCUUCUUCCAUCAAACCCUUACCCAUCACUAUCGUGGAUAACUCGGCGACUUCUCAAUCGCCUUCUGUCGCUCCAGACAUCUCCGAGGAGAUCAUCUUCAUUAAUAAAGAAGCGACUGCCGAAGCUCUCAUCGCUCUGUCUGCGGGCUUCCCUGCCGAUUCCCUCACUGACGAGGAAAUCGAAGCCGGGAUCGUCUCUGUCGUCGGAGGGAUUGAACAGGUUAAUUACAUACUAAUCCGAAACCAUAUCCUCGCUAAAUGGAGAGAAAACGUGUCCACUUGGCUCACCAAAGAGUCAUUCUCCGAUUCUAUACCCCAGCACUGCGAUAUCCUCUUGAAUUCCGCUUAUAACUUCUUGGUUUCUCAUGGAUACGUUAAUUUUGGGGUUGCUCCGGCAAUAAAAGAGAAGAUUCCGGCAGAUGCGACCAAGCCAAACGUGAUUGUGAUCGGAGCUGGGCUAGCUGGUUUGGCCGCUGCCAGGCAGUUAAUGGUAUUUGGGUUUAAGGUGAUCGUCUUGGAGGGCAGGAAACGAGCCGGUGGACGUGUCUACACCAAGAAAAUGGAGGGCGCAAACAGAAGCGCCGCUGCAGAAUUAGGGGGUAGUGUCUUGACUGGUACUCAUGGGAACCCACUUGGGAUUUUAGCCAAACAGCUUUCGUACCCUAUGCAUAAGGUCAGGGAUAAGUGCCCGCUUUACUGCCCAGAUGGGAAACCAGUUAACCCUGACAUGGAUUCCAAGGUGGAGUCAGCAUUCAACCGGCUCUUGGACCAGGCAAGCCGACUUAGGCAAUUGAUGGGGGAGGUCUCUGUGGAUGUCUCCUUGGGUGCAGCAUUGGAGACCUUUCGAGAGGUCUAUGGAGGUACAGUGAGUGCGGAAGAGAUGAAUUUGUUCCAUUGGCAUCUUGCGAACUUGGAGUAUGCCAAUGCUGGUUUGCUCUCAAAGCUCUCAUUCGCCUUCUGGGACCAAGACGACCCUUACGAUAUGGGAGGAGAUCACUGCUUCUUGCCAGGAGGAAACGGGAGGCUGGUUCAGGCAUUGGCCGAGAACUUGCACAUUCUUUACGAGAAAACUGUGCAUACGAUCCGAUAUGGUAGCGAAGGUGUGCAGGUUGUUGCAGGGAACCAAGUUUUCGAAGGAGACAUGGCGCUUUGCACGGUUCCACUUGGGGUGCUUAAGAAUGGUUCGAUCAAGUUUAUUCCCGAGCUACCUCAGAGGAAGCUCGACGGGAUAAAGAGGUUAGGAUUUGGGUUGUUAAACAAGGUGGCAAUGCUGUUUCCCCAUGUGUUUUGGGGCAGUGAUCUUGAUACAUUUGGGCACCUUUCAGAUGAUCACAGUCGUCGGGGAGAGUUUUUUCUGUUCUACAGCUAUGCCACUGUGGCUGGUGGUCCUCUCUUGAUUGCUUUAGUUGCAGGAGAAGCUGCUCUCAAGUUUGAAAGCAUGGCCCCUACUGAUGCUGUGACUCGGGUUCUUCAGAUCCUCAAGGGUAUUUAUGAGCCUCAGGGAAUUGAUGUGCCAGAGCCCAUUCAAACUGUCUGCACCAGGUGGGGUAGUGACCCCUUCAGUUUAGGUUCUUAUUCAAAUGUAGCAGUGGGGGCUUCAGGUGAUGACUAUGACAUCUUGGCAGAAAAUGUUGGAGAUGGAAGGCUCUUCUUUGCAGGGGAGGCCACAACUAGGCGAUACCCUGCAACUAUGCAUGGGGCAUUCCUGAGUGGUCUAAGGGAAGCUGCUAGUAUGGCAAACCAUGCCAAUGCUCGAUCCUUGCAAAGUAAAGUUGAGAGGAGCCCUUCCAAGGAUGCUCAGUCUUGUGCUGCCUUACUUGCAGAUUUAUUCAGAGAACCUGAUUUAGAAUUCGGAAGCUUUGCUGUUAUUUUUGGACCCAAAUCUGAUCCCAAGGCUAUCGCCAUAUUGAGGGUCACUUUUAGUGGAUCUCGGAAGAAGAACAAUGAAGGAUCAAAGCCUGAUCAACAGUACUCCAACAAGUUACUUUUUCAGCAGCUUCAAUCACAUUUUAAUCAACAGCAGCAGCUCCAUGUCUACACAUUGUUAUCAAGUCAGCAGGUGCUUGAACUGAGAGAGGUGAGGGGAGGAGAUGAGACGAGAUUGAAUUACCUAAGUGAAAAGCUUGGUGUGAAAUUGGUGAACAGGAGAGGUUUGGGAUCGGCUGCAGAUUCUGUUAUUGCUGCCAUAAAGGCUGAGAGGGGCAACCGCAGACCCACUUCAACUUCUUUAGCUCUCAAAUCAGUAACACCAAAGCACAAACCCAGUUCUUCCAAGCUCGCAUUGGUCAGAAGGGCUAAAGUAGUGACUGGUAGCAAUGACUCAGCGCCAGCUCCCAGUUGAAACAUGGUAGAUGGUUCUCACAUCGAAUCAUAGAUUAAACACUUCCAUAAUCACCUUUAUCUGGGUAUGAGCAACUUUGAUCUUUAAUCUGCGAAGGUUGUGAAUUGGACCGUGAUACUUUUGAAUUGAAUUGCAAAGAUGAGGCAGAGGCAGAGGCAGCUGUGCAGUUGAUUGGAACGGUGUAAAUGGUGGUUAAGAUGCAGAGGGUUUAAGUUCUUGUAGGGUGAAGCUACUUAGAAC